GGUAAGUAAUUAUUUAGGGGGAAGAAAGAAAGAAACAAAGUUGUCGACCGUGCAAUGCACACGGGGAGGGAUUUUAUUUAUCUCGAGCGACUCGUUUAGACCAGCACCGGUCUGCUGGGAUGUAACUGUAACGGCGCACCGGUUUCCCCGCAUUUCCUCCUCUCUCUCCAAACUUACGCUACUAUUUCGCCGAGUCCCGGACAGGAUUUCUGCUCUGAAAACGGGAAUGAUAAACGCAGUCGGACGGACUGAGGAGUUUAGCGAGUGCCGUGUGUGUGUUUUCCGUUGCCCGAGUUAAAUUUUAACGUAUUAUUUUGGAAAAUUUCCGAGCGCAUUUCGCUGUGAAAUGAAUGGCAGAAGUCGGGUGAGUGAGAAUAUCAACCGGAUUUAUUUUCUUGUCUACACUGGACCCACAUGAAGCGGUGAUAGCCUUGAAUCCCGCUUUUGCUUUUUGUUUUUUUUUUAAAAAGGAAAAUUUAAACGAAAAGACCGCACUGGAUAACCAAUUUAAACCCGACUUUACUUAAGUCUAUUUUUAGAGUUAAACUCACAGCGAAGAUGCAGAUGUGUGGAGCCACAUGAGGGUCCACAAAGGAGGCCCUCCACGACCAUAGGUCACGCCGAAGUGUCCUGGAUGUUUGUUUCUCCUGUUUCCUGUCUGGAUUGAAUUGAACUGUUAGUAACUGUGUAAUAAUCCGAUGGAUUCUGCCUCACCACAGCCUACCUGUGCCUGUGGAUUUUCCACAUGAGGGCAAACCAGAUGACUCAGAGGACUUAAGUCAUGUAACCACCCUGAAAUGUCUUAAAUGUCUAAUUUAUGUGUCUUGUAUUUAUUGCGUGUAUAUAAGGGUCAUUUUUAAAGCUUUGUUUUAAGUUUCAAGUCCAUUUAUUUCACCUGUUGUAGCGAAAACUGUAGAUUUACUUGAACAUCUUUGUUCUGCUGUACAUCUACCCACACUGUAAUUUAAAGGGGGGGACUUGACUUUGCUCAGGCAGGUAAAAACACGACGGCUUCAUCAUGGACAGGCCGAUAAGUAAACUUCUGGAGAAGUUAAAGCUAACGGACUCUGGCAGUGUGAAAUUCAACAGUUCAAAGAAAAAACAUGACGCUGCCAGCAACUCUAAUAACAGCAACGCCAACGCUGGUAUCUCUGGAGGCAGCGGUGGAGGCAGCGGUCUGCCACCAGCUCCCAGCGCUGCAGCUGCCUCGCCCUCAAGACCCGGCCAGUUCUCUCUUGCCUCUGCAACCACAAGUGAUGUUUCAGCGAGUGGGAGAGGAGGAGGAGGAGGAGGAGGAGGGAUGCCUCCCUCUCAGCUCCUCACCCCACCGCCGCCUUCCUCCUCGGUGGGUGCUAUACCUCAAGAUGGCGAGCAGCAACUUCACCCUUCCACCUUGGCACCACUGAGGCGUCGCUCCCCCCAGCAGCGAGCUUCCUGUUACCUGGGCGAAGGUGUGGACUCCCACCUGAGGCGUGAGUCAGGCCUGGGCCCUGAGUGUGACCCUCAAGGGGCGUUUGGCUCCAAGGCGUCCCUCAAUCAACGGCGCUACUCCUUGGAGCUCCAGCAGCUGGUCAGACGGCAGCAGCUCCUCUCCCAGCCGCCGCCACUCUCUGUCCUUCCACCGUAUCCUGCCUCCACGGGGUAUGGGUCAGCUCCUAGAGGUAGUGGGGGCGGCUUGGCGGAGCCUGGCUACCUCUCUGAGCCAGAGAGGCACAAACGCCUCUCUCUCCAGGAGGCUCUGUUCUACAAACGCCUGAGCACUGGUAGUGAACUGUGGGAGAGCACCAGGCCGGCAUCCCUCUCCCAUCCGCCACAUCGCACAUCUGAUGUGAGCGGAGGUGUCGGAGGGGGUUUCUUCUACCCCCCAGGACCUACCCUGAGCCCAUGCUCGUCGUUCAGCCUCCAGGAGUCGGUGCUGGUGAGCCCCAGGUCCAGCUUCGCCUCCAGCACGGCCAGCGGCGGCGGCGGAGGAAGCCCCAUGGGGAGCCGCUGCAGCAGCAACCGGACCAGCGGCAUCAGCCUGGGCUAUGACUCUCGCUACUCUGCCUCUGGAGGCCUCCCUCCUCAGCAGCAGUCCCCCUCCAUGCAGACAGGGGGCUCUGCAGCUAGUUACGGCCCCCCGGGCAGGGCCGGAGUGACCCCCGUGGAGGCCUGGACUCAAUACCUGGAGGGAGGGAUGCGUCCAGGGACCUAUGAUAGUCGACACUCCUACCCACCUGCUGUUGGAAGUCCAGGAGCGGCGUGCUACCAGGCUGGCCCCGAUUGGUGGGACGAGCAGCAGGCAGGAGUGAGAGGCAAAGAGGGGGCCGUGAUGGGAGACAGGGCCCGAUACUCGGACCUGCCCGGCACCAUGUACCAGGAAGAGCUGACCCGGCUUCUGCUGAGAGAUGCUGCUCUGGCAGGUGGGGGGUACCCUGAGGGCCUGAUGCUGAAGGAUCAGUCUCUGGCUUUGACGGCUCUGUCCAAGCCGAGCACGACGACGUUGGGGCCUUGCUCUGCUGGAGGACCGGUCAAACCUCAGGAGGAUCCAGGAGUCGGAGGAGCUGGGAGGGAGGCCGCGGAGAACCGCCAGGAGUUCUUUGGGACCUGUGAGAAGUGUGGGAAAGGCGUGUACGGGGCGGAUAAUGCCUGCCAGGCGCUUGAUAGCCUCUAUCACACACGCUGCUUCACCUGUGUGUCCUGUGGACGCACCCUGAGAAACAAGGACUUCUACAAUGUCAACGGCUCUGUGUACUGUAAAGAGGAUUACAUGUUUUCAGGAUUCCAGGCUGCUGCUGAGAAGUGUAGUGUGUGUGGCCACCUUAUUCUCGAACAGAUCCUGCAGGCUCUCGGGAACUCGUACCAUCCCAGCUGUUUCCGCUGUGUGGUUUGCUCCAAGGUUCUGGACGGGGUGCCGUUCACCGUGGACCAUCAAAGCAGCAUCUACUGCGUGGCCGACUACAACAAAGCGUUUGCCCCGAAGUGCGCCGCCUGUUUACAACCCAUCCUACCUACUGAGGGCAGUGAGGAGAUCCUCAGGGUCGUGUCUAUGAACAAGGACUAUCACUUUGAGUGCUACCACUGUGAGGAGUGCGGUAAACAGCUCUCAGAUAAGCCCGGCUCGCAGUGCUUCCCCCUGGACUCUCAUCUCCUCUGCCACUCCUGUCACAUGAGCCGAGCGUGCGCCACACACAACAUUCCCCCUCACAACACACACUGAUCAGCGCCUACGCAGCUGUGGACGUUUCUGAAGAAAGCUGGCCUGAACAUGCUGUCACUCUUUAACGUGCUUUUUCUCCAGAUGAAACUGCUGAUGUUCAAACAUUUCAACUGAUUCUUCCUGUCUUCGGGUCAGUGCCUUUUUGUCACAUGUACUGCCUGCUGUACUGUUACUGUACCAUAGUUAUAAGGGAACGGGAAAGAAACUACUGCUUUUUUAAAAAUUUUACCCCAGUGUGGCUACUGUUUGCUGUAGAAGAACAAGGGAUUUUGCUAAAAAACUGUUUUGUAAAUAUAUUAUCGCUAGCAAACAUUUUGCACUUAAGUUUGACUUUACUGUAAGAGAUUUGUUUCGUGAAUCUGUACAAUUUGGGGAAAAACAUUACUGUAAUUUCUGUAUGUUGUAAUAAAUAUUUUCAUUUGUGUUCA